UUAUAGUUCAGUAUAGCCGAGAUAAGGGCGAUAUUGACAUCUAGUGGCUCACUGUGGUACUGCGGUGUCGCAAUUCAGUUAGUAUCACGACAAACCAAACACCAUCAUAUAAAAUGAGUGCAUGACUGCCUAACAUCAACCGAAAAAAAAAAUCGAACAUUUCAAAUUCUUAAAAUCGCUUUAGAUAAUGUUUGACAGGGUCAGAGAUCUCGACAAGACGAUCCUCGUGGGAAACAUCCACAGCUGUGUGACGGAGGAGAUUCUGUUCGAGUUGUUUCUGCAGGCUGGGCCGGUAAAGGAGGUGCAUAUAUUCCGAGAUGGACAGCAGGCUCCUUAUGGAUGUGUUUAUUAUAAGCAUGCUGAAGCUGUCCCGUAUGCAGUAGAACUUCUCAAUGGAAUCUGGCUCUAUGGGCAGCCAAUCAAGUUACAAUGUAAAAUUGGUGGCCAUUAUCACAGAAAUCACAUGCUUGCAUACCACAUGGAGAAUGGACUGAUAGCAAACAGUGCUGAUGCUGUGCACCAGGACAAUAUGGUUUUGAAUUUAAAUGGCAGUCCAGCAGGUGUGGAGAACCGGUCUAAUGAAGCAUGUGGCUGGAGUGACAUGGUAUACAGCAGCAGGCCUUUGGAUGCGUGUCCUCCAGUUGUGUGGUACUGUCCACCCCUCCAGCAGUGGGGAAACUCUGGGUACCCUCCCUGGACGUCACGUCUGGAUGAGGAUCUGUUGCUCUAUAGGUCAGCCAGCACCAGAGAAGGCUGUGCAAAUAGACAAAAAUACAGUGGACGCUGUACAGGCAUCCUGACUCCUCUUGCACAAAAAAGUACACCAUAUAUUCCAGUGAGUGCUUUUGGUGGCACUGAUUCAGACUGUAAGCUGUAAAUCAUUGAUAUCUGAGUGUGAAUGGUCUAAUAAAGCCAUCUAAAUGCAGCUUGCUGUUUCUUGACGCAUUGAAACGCAAAUCUGAUGAUCUGAAAUGUUUGUUUUUGUGACUUGCUGGUAAACUUCAUCUCAUGUUGACCUCCGGUAGGACUCUGCAUCAUAAGCAGUUGCAAAGUCAAAUGAGGAAAAGUAAUAGCAUAAUGAUUGAUUGGUCAAUUAGUAUUUUUACAAUGACAUAUUUAGUGGCGGGGAUAAAAUAUUAACUUGUCGUAAGAUGAUGUAUAUUAUAUUGGAUGAUAAUUUAUGGCCAUUUCUAAGGGCAACUUUAAUCGUUCUGUUAUUACCUUGAAAAGUCUGUUGUGGGUUAGACAGUGAAAGCCUCUCCUUCUCUUCAAUUGAACUGGUUUGAUAAGAUGCAUUGACUAUUAACUUUAGACUUUAGACUUGAGGAGAUUUUUAUUCACCAAGUACAAGAAAACAAUGCAUUUCAGUUGUUCUGGUGUUGGCAUAAAGAAGAAACAACAAACACCUUGAGAUGUGUGUAAAUAAUUCAUACUUCUAAUCUGCAAUUAUGCAGUACAUUGAUUAUAAACAUUGAAAUGCUGCGAAAAGGUUUCCAUUUCCAAUAAAUGCUGUUCUUUUAACUUUCAAUUAAUCAAAGAAUCCUGAAAGAAAAUUUCUUGUUUU